AAAGAAAGAGAGUCGCGGCUAGGUCGUAGUCGUGCUCUCGUUUUGCAAUUCACGUUUCCUUCUUCUUUGUCUCCUUCAAUCCUCAUACUCUCUCUGCUUCUCUUUCUCACUCUUACGUUUUGUAUCUUCACGGGGUUCUCUCACACUCUGUUAAUAAACAUCGAGCGUUUUGCAUUCUCAACAUCUUUAAACGCAUUUCUCUGUUUCUCGUCUUCUCACAAUUAUCAGCAAUCUCCAGCAACAUGAACUCCAUGGUUGCUAACUACUGAUUGUUGUGAGUGUUUGUUUUAUUUUAUUGGGUUUGGUCUGAAGUCUCUAUUUGAGAAACAGAACAUUUUGAAGUCUUCCAAUGACGAGUUUGUCUGGAGUCAGAAGUCAACGAAAAAACUCAAGACCUCUGUCUCCAGGAGAUAUGGAUUACAUAGAACCCAAAACAAAGAGCAAUCUUAUGGGAAAGCUUCUCUUACUAGCUUCACUUAUAAUCUUAGCCUUUAUUGUGAUCAAUAAAGCUUCAAGUUUCACAUCCCCAAGCGUGUUCUCUCGAAGAGAGGAAGGAGUGACUCAUGUGUUAGUCACUGGUGGAGCUGGCUAUAUCGGUUCACAUGCGGCUUUAAGGUUGCUUAAAGAUAAAUACCGCGUAACCAUUGUGGACAAUCUUUCCCGUGGGAACCUUGGUGCGGUUAAGGUUUUACAGCGACUGUUCCCACAAACUGGAAGACUUCAAUUCAUUUAUUCUGAUUUAGGAGAUCCCGCAGCUGUGGAGAAAAUAUUCUCAGAGAAUGCCUUUGACGCUGUGAUGCAUUUUGCUGCCGUAGCUUAUGUUGGAGAAAGCACUCUUUAUCCUCUUAAAUAUUACCAUAACAUUACAUCAAACACAUUAGGAGUUCUUGAAGCUAUGGCUAGACAUAAAGUGAAGAAACUGAUAUAUUCUAGUACUUGUGCUACUUAUGGAGAGCCUGAAAAAAUGCCGAUUACUGAAGAUACCCCGCAGGUUCCGAUUAAUCCUUACGGGAAAGCUAAAAAGAUGGCAGAGGACAUGAUCUUGGAUUUCUCUAAGAACUCUGACAUGGCUGUCAUGAUCUUGAGAUACUUCAAUGUGAUUGGUUCAGAUCCGGGAGGUAGAUUAGGAGAAGCUCCAAGACCCGAGCUUCGUGAGCAAGGACGUAUCUCCGGUGCUUGUUUUGAUGCCGCUCGCGGUUUCAUUCCCGGACUGCAAGUGAAAGGAACAGACUACAAAACAUCAGACGGGACUUGCAUUAGAGACUAUAUAGAUGUUACUGACCUCGUGGAUGCUCACGUAAAGGCUCUUGAGAAAGCUCAGCCUCAUAAAGUCGGUAUCUACAACGUUGGAACCGGUAAAGGAAGAUCAGUUAAGGAAUUUGUGGAGGCGUGUAAGAAGGCGACAGGAGUUGAGAUUAAAGUAGAUUUACUGCCCCGACGGCCAGGAGAUUACGCAGAGGUUUAUAGUGAUCCAACAAAGAUUUUGAGAGAUUUGAAUUGGACUGCUCGAUUCACUAAUCUUCAGGGUAGUCUUCAAGUUGCUUGGAGGUGGCAAAAGAUUCAUCCUCAUGGAUAUGCUUCUUAUUAAAAACAGAGGAAACCAAAAAUACCUUUGAAAUUUGUUAUUGUUUUUCAUUUUCAUUUGAUGAAUUUACAUAUUGUUUUGAGGGCUUCUAUAGCUUAUGUGGAGAAAAUAUAUUGUGACUGGUUGUGUACUUACUAGUGAAACUGUGGAACAUUCAGAUGGAUAAAAAAGUUGAUCUUCUUCUC